AUGAAGAAGGACGAACGAGAAACACUUAGAUUACGUGUCGUAAAUUUUUAUCAUGAUGCUGCAAGUGGUGAUCUGAAAACCACAUGGAAUUUUUUUAAAAGAGAAGGUUGUUGUUAUUCAACUAUAUAUCGAAUUAUCCAAAGAUAUUUACAAUUUAAAACAACAAAAGAUUUACCAAGAUCUGGUCGUCCACGAAAACUCAGCGACAAACAAAUGAAAACAAUGGCACGUAAUUUGAAUAACAAGAGUGGUAUUAGUCAUCGAGUCUUAUCAAUACAUUAUAAUGUUCAUUAUAGAACAAUUGGUAGAAAUUUAAAACAACGAACAAAUAUUCGACCAAGAAAACGUAUAAAAGCACCGAAAUAUGUUAAAGAACAGGAAAAACGUGCACAAAAAAAACUGUGUUUAAGUGGAGUUGAUAUACCUGGAAACUCAUUGUAUUAUACAAGUGAUCCAUCUACUGCACCAGCCAAUAUAAAGUAUAAACAAUAUCAAAAAUCUGAACCCAAAGUUUUGGUAUGGUUAGCAAUAUCUGCUAAAGGAUGUUCAAAGCCAUAUAUACACAAAAGCAAGAAUGCUGUAACUGGUGAUGUUUAUUUAAAACAAUGUAUACAACGUCGUUUAAUUCCUUUUAUUGACCAGUACCAUCCGCAACAGGAAUUCAUUUUCUGGCCUGAUUUAGCAAAGGCCCAUUAUACACCACAAGUUUUACAUACAUUACAAGAAAAAAAUAUACCUUUUGUACCAAGAGAAAAAAAUCUUCCUAAUAUACCUCAAGUAAGACCAGUUGAAGACUUAUGGGGUAUACUGAAGCAAAAGGUGUACGCACAAAAUUAUGAAGCAAAAAGUCUCGAUCAACUUGCUCGUCGUAUAAGAGAAAAAAUUAAAGAACUUGAUAAAAGAAUGAUACAAGAUAUGAUGUUUGAUAUUCGUAGUAAACUUCGAAAAAUGUGGCGUGAAGGUGUUUUUACAACUUGUCAUUAA